AUGGAGACACUGCCGACCUUUAACAAUCUAAAAUCGCUGUCCCAUCAGCUCUCUGUCCAAAUCGAGGACCUGAGAGUGCUGGACAACAACGACCUUCGUGCUAGACGCAAAGCGACAGCUACAGCAAGGAGACUGCUAGACGAGUUGAUUCAUCCCGAGGAAGCAGCCGCAGAGCAAAUCAUCACACUAAGCGAGUGGGCCUCGAUUCGAAUGUUCAUGAAAUGGAAAUUCUUCGAUAGAAUCCCCUUGAAAGGAAGCAUCUCAUACGAGGAGCUAGCAGCCUCCAUUGGCGCAGAAGAAGCCCUGGUAAUUCGAAUGGGCCAGAUGCUCGUCUCGACCGGCAAGCUCUUACAGCCGGCACCCAACCACGUAGCUCAUUCCCGCCUCUCGCCAUCAUACAAGACCGGUGAUCGGAAUGGCUACUCGUUCGCCAUGCACCACGACGAUUUCCAGCCUGUCCUUUCCAGCCUGCCCGCGUACUUUGACAAAUACGGAUCUCGGCUGCCCAAAGGCAAGACCGAGAUACCGAUGAGCUUUGCCGCCGGCGCGGACGGCAGGCUGACGCCCUGGGAGAUCUUCGCGCGGCAGGGCAAGGAGCACCUUGAGCAAUUCGGGUUCGCCAUGCAGGCGAUGCCAAACUACGCCUGGCCCUUCACCGGCGCGUACGACUUCUCGUGGGUCGAGGAGUACGCAUCCGCGGACCCAGAGAGGCUGCUGAUUGUCGACGUGGGCGGCAGCUAUGGGCACGCGCUGCGAGCUAACCUCGUCAAGUACCAAGGCAUCCCCCGCAGCCGAUGUGUGGUGGAGGACCGCUCCGAGAUGAUACCUAAUAUCCGAGAAGCUCAUGCGGGGGACGAGGUGAUGAGGGACGUGCGGAAGGUCGCGGCUAACUUCCACGAUGAGCAGCCGGUGAAGGGGGCACUUAUUUAUCUUAUCAGACGCUGCAUCCACGACUACGACGACGACGACUGCGUCAACAUCCUCAAAAUCCUGGCAGAGUCGCUCCCAGAAAACGAACCCCGAGCGAGGAUCUUGAUAAACGAACAGAUCAUGACCGAGUCCCCGCAUCGGUGGGUGGCGGCCAUGGACAUCAUCAUGAUGACCUGGGCUUCCUUGGAAAGAUCUGAGCAGCAGUUUGGAAAACUCGCCAAUAGAGCGGGAUUGGCCGUGGUCAAGGUCCACAAGGCAGAGGGGGAAACCAGUAUGUGA